AUGUCCAAAAUGCACCAUUCUGAUGUUGCUAUGGAUGAUGCAGUGUUGCAGAAAAAAGAAGAGAAAGAUGUUGAACUGGAUAAAAAAAUUCUAGCUCUGAGAAAGAAGAAUGAAGCUCUCAUGAGAAGAUAUCAAGAAAUAGAAGAAGACAAGAAACAAGCAGAACGAGAAGGAAUGGCUGUCACGUCAAGGAAGGCUAGGCCAGAUGGCCUUACCAUCACCAUCACCAAACCACAUCAUGAGAAAAGGAUUGUGAACGAGAAGUGGGGAAGCAGUUGCUCUUCUGCCUCAAGCUUUGGGGUUGGUAGCGAGGAAGACGAUGAAGAAAGUGAUCACGUCUUCACAUUCAGGAUGGGGAAACGGGUUCAGUUGGCCGUGACCAUGGACAACAAAGGCAAGGGAAAGCGGGUUGUCCAAGAAAAAUGGGGAUCUGAGGAUCCUGGGAAUCCAGCAGAGGACCCAGAUAUCAGCGAAGAAGAGAGGGAUAAGCGGCUUGCUUUCUGUAGAGGAAGAAUGCAGAUUGCUAUUACAAUGGAAAACAAAGGCAGGACAGAUGAAAGGAAAACCACAGAGAGGAAGUGGUCUGGUGAAGACAACCAUCCAAAGACUACGCACCUCAGAAAGGAAAGAGAGAACUCUCCUCAGGAGACCCCGGAAGAGAAAAACUGCACCCUGACUGGGAGAGAACGGUCAGAGUACAUGCAGUGGAAGAAAGAACGGGAUCAGAUUGAUCUUGAGCGGCUCACCCGCCACAAGAAUGCAAGGGGUGAAUGGCGACGGGCUUGGGAUGUAGAGAAAACCAAGUGCAUGUUUGAGGAUAUAAGGGAUGGAAAACCAGUUUUGGACUGUCCCCAGAAUAAAAAAGGGGGGAAAAGUGUCCGGAAGUCCCAGCUACGAGCUCUACCUUCUGAUGGGAAAGGUGGAGAACAACGCAGGAAGAGCAGCACUGAAUCAGUUUCCAGAACAUUGCUGGUAGUGAGCAGUAAAGCCAGAGGGAAAGACAGGUUGACAGGCAGAGCCAGAAGAUGGGAUGUUAAGGAAGGUGAUGAAAUGCCCUUUUUAAAAGAUGAACUUGAUAAUCAGCGAUCAAUUAAUGUGGAAGAACAAAAUAAUCUAAUUCUGGACAGAGAAGCAGAGAAAGAGCACCAUUGCUUACCCGGUCUAGAGAAUUGUAUAAAGCUAAAAGAAUCUAAUGUUCCCAUGGCAGAGACCAAAAGAAGUGAAAUGGACGCAGCUUCAAAAGAAGCCCAAAGCCCAAAUGAAAAAACCAGAAGGGGCCUUAUCGAGGAUGUCAGUAGAGAUGAGACUGAGGUAAAUCUCAAACUCAAUAAGGCAAUAUCUGGCCCUGAUUUGUCUCCUAAGACUAACUAUAAGAAUAGCUGUCAGGAAAUUUCCAGAGUGAAGGCUUCUAGGGACGCAAUUCAAGAAAUCCAUGAAAAUUGCUUAGUUAAAAACACAUGUUCUGAAAGGCACCCUGAGGAGAAUUCUACUGACAAUUUUAACAAGCUGCCGGAUGUGAUGGAAACAGGUAGCAGAGACCAGGAAUUGUCAAUAAUGAGACAAACAGGAGAAAUCCAUAUUGGAAACCUGAAGAAACAGAUUCAGAAUACUCAAGGAUAUGUCAAGUUUGAUGAAGACCAUGUCUACAAGAAGGCAGCAACAAUGAUGAAGACUUAG